CUGCCCGGAGCCGCGCGCCUCCCGCGAGCUCUCGCGAUACUGCCGCGCCGCGGGGCGGGCGCCGGACUUUGGCGGGAGCGCCCCGCCUGCGGCCCCGCCCCGCCGGUCCCCAGAGCCCUUUCGCUACCCCCGGGAUCCCCUGACCCAGGCCGAGCGGCGAACAGCGGGCGUGGCCGCGGGGCACCUGGGUCCCCGGCCCAGAAGUGGCCGCCGGCGUCUGCCACAAGGGAGCCCCAAACUCAAGAAUGUCCCGGUCCGAAGAACUCUGAAGGGACCCCGCCCUCGGCCGGCCCCGCGCGGCACCCCCCCCCCGCGAAGCUGACACCCUUGGGCGCGCAGGCGCGAGCAGGGCAGCCCGCUGGGUGCCCAGGCUGCUUCCGUGCGGGGACCCUGCCCCUGAGGCAGCUGGAAAACCCCGGACGGGGACUCUGCGUGCGGGAUGACCGCCCGCUUCAGUUCGCGGUGAGGGAGAGUGUCGGCCAAUGGGGAAAAGCUCGGCGUACACCACGAUUUUCAAGACAGAAUGCAGAACUCACAGUGCGAGCUUGGCUUCGCUUGGAAAAGUAAAAGCAAACGUGUGAGCGUGGGGAAACGAUGGAAAUAUAAGCACAUUUGUUUAACAGCGGUCGUCUUCCGGUGACAGAACAGUGGGUGACUCUCAUUGCCUUCUGUCCCGAGAGCACUUCGCCCUGCUUGUUCUCAGAUAAGGGGGUAGAGGUGUGCCGUCCGCCCCCCCUCCCCCGCAACGCACCCAGUCCGGAGCUCUGCCUGCCUAUCUCCAAGCCGCUGAUGGAGAAGAAGCGACGGGCUCGCAUCAAUGUGUCCCUGGAGCAGCUGAAGUCGUUGCUGGAAAAACACUACUCCCACCAGAUCCGGAAACGCAAGUUGGAGAAGGCAGACAUACUGGAGCUGAGUGUCAAGUACAUGAAAAGCCUUCAGAACUCGGUGCAAGGGCUUUGGCCGAUCCCCAGCGGAGCUGAGUUCCCGUCGGGCUUCCGCAGCUGUCUGCCUGGCGUUAGCCAGCUUCUGCAGCGCGGAGAGGAGGGCGGCGGUGGCCUGCGCUGCCCCCUGGCGCACGAGCGCGCAGGUGGCAGCACCAUGGACAGCGCCGGCCCGAGCGCGGAGGCACCCGCGCCGCUCCGCCCUUGCGCCCCUACUAUUUGGGCCCCUGUUCCGGCCACCGGCGCCUCGCGGUCCCCGCCACCCCGGCUCCUCUUCCCUGGUGGUCUCCCCGGCCCGUCCUCCAGCGUCCCGGGGCCGCAGCCGGCGCCUCGCCGCUGCACCGAGAGCCCGGGGCCGGGUCUGGGCGUUUGGCGGCCCUGGUGAGUGCCCGCGCGGCCUCGGACUCAAUGGGGCCCCCGUCUGGCCUGGUGACGCAGAGACUGUUUAGAGCGCGUCUGCUGUGACGGCCGGGACCCCCAGUCGUCCGUCCUGGUCCGGUGGCACGGGUGGCUGGGAGGGUGCCGCGUGCCCGCGAACGCGAGGAAAUACACGGAGCCACAGGGGUCCGGGGCCCGUCCCCCCGCCCUAGCCCCACCUACUCAAGCCAGACCCGCUCUCUCUUCUUCCCACCUUCUCGUGGGGCUGGGAGGGGAUGUCCCAGGCUGACCGUCUUUCCCAGGGCCUCCGCGGGCAGCUCGCCCCCGCCCCCGCCCCGCAGCCACGCCGCGGUGGGAAGGUCGCCGUCGGCAGCGGCGCAGAGCGGACCCCUCGCAGCGAGGAGAAUCGCUGCCCCGCCCCGGCCCAUUCAGCCAGCGGAGGACGCCCGGUUCCCACCGGCACAAAGCGCGCCGGGUCCCGCCCCGCCGGCGAGGGCCCCCAGCCCACCCCCACCUUGGACCCUCUCAGCUUCCACGGAUCCCCACCCCCUCCGCACGCGGCGCAGCCCACCCAGCAGGCGCGCUAUGCGAGGUCCGCCCCUCUCAGAAGACCCGCGCGGAGCGGUCCUGGCUCAGCAGCGCGCCCGCGAAGUGCUCCGCCCAUCGCUCGGAUCACCUCACACGCCGCGGCGCGUGGCUGCUGAGGGUCCCGGCCUCCAGGCCGCCACAAAGCCCGCGACCCUCGACAACCCUCGGAGCGCUCGGCGCCUGUUUAUUCGUCCGAAAACGAGGUCAUUGCUGUGC